AUGGGACCAGACCUUUUUGAAAAGUAUUACUUUCAGAAAAUUCUCCUACAAAUUGGGAACAUACGUGCUCAAUUGGGAUCCAAUAUCGGACGGAAGAAGGAAGCCAUAGUUAUGGUGGAAGAGCCACUGAGAAUAAGAGAAGAAGAGUGCAAAGCGGCAGCAGGAUACUAUGGGCUUUGCGCUUUUAGUGGAAUGCUCAGUGCUGGCACCACCCAUCUUGCCAUUACUCCUCUUGAUGUUUUGAAAGUCAACAUGCAGGUGAACCCUGUCAAGUAUAACAGCAUUUACUCUUGUUUUACCACUCUAUUGAGAGAGGAAGGUCCUUCAGCGUUUUGGAGAGGGUGGGCAGGCAAGUUCUUUGGUUAUGGUUUUCAAGGUGGUUGCAGAUUUGGUUUGUAUGAUUACUUCAAGAACCUUUAUUCCAAUGUCUUGGUUGAUCACAACAGGAGUUUCGUCUUCUUUGUGAGUAGUGCUUCAGCUGAAAUGUUUGCCAAUUUAGCUCUCUGUCCUUUUGAAGCUGCUAAAGUUAGGGUCCAAGCACAGCCCCAUUUUGCAAAAGGAUUGCUUGAUGGAUUUCCGAAGCUUUAUGCAUCAGAAGGCUUCCAUGGCUUUUACAAAGGUCUUGUUCCACUUUUGGGUCGAAACCUUCCAUUCUCGAUGGUUAUGUUCUCAACAUUCGAGCAUUCUGUGGAUUUUCUGUAUUGUAAUGUUAUUCAUAGUAGGAAGGAAGAGUGCUCAAAGCCUCAACAGCUUGGGGUGACAUGUUUAGCUGGAUAUGCUGCUGGUUCUGUUGGUAGCUUUAUUUCUAAUCCUGCUGACAACAUUGUUUCUUGUCUUUAUAACAAAAAAGCCGAUAGUCUCAUACUGGCUGUGAAGAGAAUUGGGUUUUUCAACUUAUUUACAAGAAGCCUUCCUAUAAGGAUAUUACUCGUUGGACCAGUUGUGGCCUUACAGUGGUUAUUCUAUGACUCUAUCAAAGUUUUAAGUGGAUUACCUACUAGUGGAGAAGUUAGAACUGAAGUAGAAAUUGAUGCAGCAAAGGUUGAAUUCAAAUUCUUUUUGGAUGUUAGCUUUUUGAUGCCCUGCCAUCUGCUAACUUUCUGAAGGGAAGUUGUUACUUAGAUAUUGUAGAGCAACCACAUUUGAGUUAAAGCCUCGGUUGGAAACCUAGUAUAUCAAUUUUUAUGUUAGCAAUAUCAGUGCAACCUCAUUCAACAUGCACAUCCUGUGAUGUUUGGUCUGUCGAUGUUUCUCUUGCAAAUGAUAUGAUAAAGUAAAAUAGCAAUGCGCUUUGAUUUUUGGGGCCCCGUA